CUCCCUGCGCACCGACUGUCAGCUUGGAAGAACGAAGGACAGCAAGUCUGCGACCGAGUAAUGACCAAGGACCUGCGUCUGGCCGCCCUUUAUGCCCGGCAGCGCGCUCAGGGUCACGCGUCGCGCGCUCCCGCCGCCAGCAUCCUCUGUGGCUCGCGCACUAACGUUCCGGUCCCUCUUCGGACCGAGUGCGCAUGCGCACGCGCUUUGCACCCUACUAGUCCCAGCGGCUCGGCCCGCCGCGCAGCCGAGUGGGGCGCGUUUCCUCGCCGGGCGGUUGACGCGGGUGCACCGGAGCGCUGGGCGCCUGCGCAGAACCAGGCGGCGCCGUGUGGUGUUAGUGGGCGUUGUAGCCGGGGCGGAUAUAUGGAGCUCCCCAGCGGUGAAGAGGCGGCGAGGGACGAGGGCGAGCCCGAGGCAAAGAGGCGGCGGCUGCUGUGCGUGGAGUUCGCCUCGGUGGCGAGCUGCGACCCUGCGGUGGCGCGGGGCUUCCUGGCCGAGAACAACUGGGAGAUGGAAAGAGCGCUGAACGCCUACUUCGAGCCGAGCGCGGAGGGCAGCGCCGUGGGGAGCCCGGCCGGGCCGCCCGUGGAGCCCGAGCGCUGUGUUGACCUAACCAAUGAAGAAACAACUGAUUCCACUAGAUGUAAAAUCCGCUCAUCUGAAAACACUCAACAAGAAGAUGGCAGCAUGUUCUCUUUGAUCACAUGGAAUAUUGAUGGAUUGGAUCUCAACAAUUUACAAGAGAGGGCUCGAGGGGUGUGUUCCUAUUUAGCUUUGUACAGCCCAGAUGUGGUAUUUCUACAGGAAGUCAUUCCACCUUACUUUAGCUACCUGAAGAAGAGAGCAAGUAGUUAUGAGAUUAUUACAGGUCAUGAAGAAGGAUAUUUCACAGCUAUAAUGUUGAAGAAAUCCAGAGUGAAAUUAAAAAGCCAAGAGAUCAUUCCUUUUCCAAGUACCAAAAUGAUGAGGAACCUUUUGUGUGUGCAUGUGAGUUUGUCUGGACAUGAACUUUGCCUUAUGACAUCCCAUCUGGAGAGCACCAGAGGGCAUGCCAAGGAACGAAUGAAUCAGUUAAAACUGGUGUUGAAGAAAAUGCAAGAGGUUCCAGAGUCGGCUACAGUUAUAUUUGCAGGAGACACAAAUUUAAGGGAUCAAGAAGUUACUAAAUGUGGUGGUUUGCCAAGUAACAUUUUGGAUGUCUGGGAGUUUUUGGAGAAGCCUAAGCAUUGCCAGUAUACCUGGGACACACAGAUGAACUCUAAUCUUGGAAUACCUGCUACUUGUAAACUUCGUUUUGAUCGAAUAUUUUUCAGAGCAGCAGCAGAAGAGGGCCAUAUUAUUCCUCGAAGUUUGGAUCUGCUUGGGUUGGAAAAACUGGACUGUGGCAGAUUUCCUAGUGAUCACUGGGGUCUACUGUGCAAUUUAGAUGUCAUAUUGUGAAAUACUUUUCAAAUGGGAGUCUUAAGUGUUUUGAGUCCUUUUGUUCUGGAUUUUAAUAGGCAGAUGUAAUUUCUGCCUAUCUGGAAAGUCCAAUUUAAUAUGGAGAAAUUAACUGUACUGGACAUUACUACAGGAGAACAUAGUUAUAAUUUUAUGUUGUAGAUUAUGUCUUCAGAAUUAGAAUCAAUGCUUGAUUGCUUCUCUCUCUCUCUUCUCUCUCUCUUUCUCUCUAAAUCUUUUUGAAAUGGUCUAAGUUGCCUGGCUGGGGCUCGAGCUCCUACUGCCGUAGCCUUGCAGAGUGCUGGGGUCACAGGCGUGCACUACGAACCCCAGUAUGUAUUUUAAACUUAUACAUGUGUUCAGAAUAUGAAACCUGUUUGUGCCUAAGCUGUCAGUUGGGUAUCAGCUAGCGCCCACAUCGUCUGAGGACUAACAUUUACAGCAUUUGUUUUUUCAGCCAGGCACCAAAAUAGUUAAUAUUUCAAAUGUCAUCAUUUAUUGAGGUUACUAAGUUCUUGGGACUGAAUCAUAAUUAUAUUUCAGAAAUUAACAUACUUGAAAAAUCCCUGACCACUUUUAGUUAAGUAGACAACUCAGAUCCUACAUUAGAUUUCAUUUCUUUUAUCAGCCAAUAGUACAUAAUUGGGAAGUAACAAAUCAAACUUUAUGAUUUAAAAUUCCCUAACACUUUUCUGAUUAGUGUUGCUGGCCAUGUCACCAAACUUAGGCCUAUUGUGAUUCAAAUCAAUUUUAUGGGAGGCUAUAAAGGAUUUUUUUUUUUUUUUUUUGUGGGUCUGGGUAUGGAAAUCAGGGCUUCACUCCCAGGGUCUUAUACAUGCUAGGCAAGUGCUCUUUGAGCUUAACCCUACCUCUAAAGAGUACUUUUCAGGGAGCUUUAAAGAAAAUUCUCCACAAAGGAAAUGUACUGCAAAUAAAGAAUUUUUA